UUCAAAACAACUUUACUUUAAAGAGCGGAAGGUAACGGAUCUGCCGUUUUACAAGUAGAUUCAUUUUACAUUUAAACGGAAACGAGUAUAUCAACGUAGUGAAAUUCUAAUAGCUUAUUUAAGUAGUAAAUACUUCUAAGAAUAAUGGCACCAACUAAAACGACAAGAACUUUAAUACCUAGUGUAAGUCUUCGUGGCGUUACAACUCGCAGUAAAACACACUCCACAAUCCAUAAAGAUGUCGGAUCAAAACGUAAAGCCGACGGAUCUCCUGCGAAAGAAAACGCAGUUAAACGUUCAGCCUUGGGAGAUAUUUCCAAUGCAGCUAAUAAGAAUAAAGUUCUUGGUAUUAAAAACAAAGUUUUAUCGAAAACUAACGUUUUGGCUAAGAAAGUUACGGUAAAAGAGAAGGUUUUACCAUCGGUUAGAACAAUUGUUAAAUCUAGGCAAAAUGAGAAUCUUCCUCCGCCUGCCGCACCUGCUAAUAAAGUACAAACGAGGGCUUCGCUUCGACAUGUUGCCCCGGCACCGACUCAAACUGUACAAAAACCAAAGGAAAAUCCAAAAGAUAUCGUCGUUCCGACUAAGGUGAAAACACGAUUGAGUAAUGAAUUUGAAAAAACUAGUGAAUCUUUGUAUUGUUCAGCUUUAGAAGACGUAAACACUGCAGAAAAAAGUACAGCUUCUAGUAAAUUCUUCUCAGCUCAAUCUUCCACCGAAAAAUCAUCCUCAAAUAUUACAUUGAUGGCUGAUCGAUUGGAAAAAAAUUUGAAACUUGAUCAGGUUGUUGUACCUAAAGACGUUAAAGACUUUGAUAAAGAAAAUUGGGAUGAUGUUUUCCAAGUAUCACAUUAUGCCAUGGAUAUUUUUAAUUAUUUAAAAACUAGAGAGGCUAUGUUUGUAAUAAAAGAUUACAUGACUUCACAACCAGCUCUGUCAAAAUGGAUGCGAUCUUUAUUAGUGGAUUGGAUGGUUGAAAUUCAAGAAAGUUUUGAAUUAAACCAUGAAACUCUUUACUUAGGUGUGAAACUAGUCGAUUGCUAUUUAAGCAAAAUAACCGUAGGCAAGGAAACGCUGCAAUUAGUCGGGGCGGCUGCAAUGUUUAUCGCUAGCAAAUAUGACGAACGCAUUCCACCACUCGUCGAAGAUUUCCUUUAUAUUUGUGAUGGAGCUUAUACGCGCAGAGAACUCAUUCGAAUGGAGAUUAAUUUACUUAGAGUGUGUGAUUUUGAUUUGGGAAUUCCAUUAAGUUAUCGCUUCUUAAGAAGAUAUGCCAGAUGUUGUAAAGUAACGAUGCCUGUUUUGACUUUGGCAAGAUACAUUUUGGAAUAUUCACUGAUGGAUUAUGAUACUGUAACAUUAUCCGAUUCGAAAUUAGCUGCUGCUUGUUUAUAUUUGGCAUUACAAAUGAAGAAAAUUAGUGGGUGGACGCCAACUUUAGAAUUUUAUACAGGCUACACCUUGGAAGAUAUAAUGCCAAUUGUACAUAUUUUAAAUGAAGGUUUACACAGGAAACCUAAAGAACAAACGAUGACAGUUCGAAAUAAAUAUUCUCACGAAAUAUUUUAUGAAGUAGCAAAAGUCCCAUUGAUAAAAAACGAGGUUUUAAAAUCGUAACUUAUAAAGUAAUUUUUACAAUGUAUUCUAUUAUUAUUUUUUUCUAAGUUUAUUUCUUAGUUUUAAUUUUAUUUUCGGCCGUGUAAAUGUACUGAAUAUUUUUAUUAGGUGAUAUACAUUAUAAUAUACAUGUGUUCAGAAAGAAAAAAAAACUGCAAGCCUUAGGCGAACCUGUAUAUUUUAUAUAAUAUUUUUUGUUCAUUAAUUUUAAUGUCCUAGUAGUCUAGUUAUUUGUUGAUACGUUUGUGCUAUAUUAACUUUUAGUGUGUAUGUAUCUCUAAACAAUAUUUCGAAUAAUAGGAUAUCAAAAAACAAAAAAAAAAAAGGAAAAAUGAAUUCUCCUAUCGCUUGUAAUCUGAAUUAUUUGACUAUAUACCUCUCGUAUUUACAUAUUUAGGAAAUAGUAAUAAAUCUCCCAGUUUUAUAUGUAUUUAUCUAUAACAAAGAUUAUGUUGAGAAUUAUAAACAAUAAUAAACAUAUAUACAGUGUUCAACAAA